ACUGAAUUACACUUAGUAGCCAUUUUUGUGAUGGCGGCUGAUAUUUAUAGAUCGUAGGGAGUGUUGUUUUUCAAUAAAUAAAUGUGUUAAAAUGGAGGAAACGAAAGUAAUUUAUUACAUAGACGAUGAAGAAACUCCGUAUUUGGUUAAAAUACCUAUUUCACCCGAGAAAGUUACGUUAUUAGACUUCAAAAAUCAGUUAAACAGACCGAACUAUAAAUUUUUCUUUAAAUCGAUGGACGAUGAUUUUGGUGUUGUUAAAGAAGAAAUAGUCGAUGAUAACGCUCAUUUGCCGUGUUUUAAUGGUCGUGUUGUGUCGUGGCUCGUAUCCGCCGAGGGCUCGAACCCCUCAGACGGCGGCUCCCAGUGUACGGACAGUAACGCAGGCAAGACAAAACCAGCUCAUGGAGCUCCAGCGGCGCCUCUCACGAGGGACACCUGUACGGAUACGGACAGUACGAUAAGCUCCCGACCGGGGCACAGAGCUUCCUGCGACAAAUACAAAUAUAGGGGCCUCCGAAUCAAUGGACACUCGAAAUUUGGCAAUCAUGGCCUAGAGUAUGAGACUGCUUCGGUAUUAAGCUCGGAUUUAGACUCGACUAGCUUGUUUGACAGUCAAUCUGAAAUAACCAAUACAACAGGUCGCCACACAAACGCUUCAGUAGACAGAGCACUAACAGAGUGUAGCAGUGUAUCGCAUCUUCAAGUGAGUUCGCGAAAACGACCUCAAAGACGGCGGAAAAGACCUCAAGUUAUGUCCCGAACGUCAUCGUACUCCUCGAUCACGGACUCUACAAUGUCUAUGCACAUUAUCACUGUUACUUUAAAUAUGGACACAGUCAAUUUUCUGGGGAUCUCGAUAGUGGGGCAGUCCAACAAGGGUGGGGAUGGUGGAAUUUACGUCGGAAGUAUCAUGAAGGGCGGUGCUGUGGCCCUAGACGGAAGAAUAGAGCCCGGUGACAUGAUUCUGCAGGUCAAUGAUGUCAAUUUCGAAGAUAUGACCAAUGAUGAAGCUGUCCGUGUGCUCAGGGAGGUCGUUCAGAAGCCUGGACCCAUCAAACUGGUGGUAGCUAAGUGCUGGGAUCCCAACCCUAAAGGAUACUUUACCAUACCCAGAACAGAACCUGUCAGACCAAUAGACCCAGGGGCAUGGGUGGCUCACACGCAGGCCCUUCGCGAGGCGUAUCCGCCGCCGCCUCCCUCGUUGUCCGCGCUGCCGGUGUCGUCGGUGUCGGAGCGCGGCGCUUCGGACGCGAGCACGGUCCCGGCCGGAGCCCUAGAGCCCCAGCUCUCUGUCAACAUGGACAUGGCUGUCGUCGUGAGGGCCAUGCUGAGGCCGGAUUCUGGACUGGAGAUCCGUGAUCGGAUGUGGUUGAAGAUAACUAUACCUAAUGCAUUCAUCGGUGCUGACAUAGUGGACUGGAUACUACAGCACGUAGCCGGGAUAGCUGACCGGAGAGACGCAAGGAAAUAUGCCUCACAUAUGCUCAAGGCCGGCUUCAUAAGGCACACAGUUAACAAGAUAACGUUCAGCGAGCAGUGUUACUACGUGGCGGGCGCGGGCUGGCUGGGCGGCGAGCUGUCCUCGCUCAGGAUACGUGCUGACGACGCUGACGUCAAGCCCCUCCCGGACCCGGGCCUCAUGGGCCCAGGAUACGUACCAUAUGCGGGCUCGUAUGGCUACCAGCCCAUACCCUUCAAGUAUUCCUGUGCCAACAGCGAACACACCAUAUACGGGUACAACCGAGAAGAGUCCGCGGUGUCGGGCAGCGGGGGCUCGAGUGGGGGCUCGGAGCGCGGCGCGGGGGGCGGCGGGGGUCCGGGUGGCACCGGGGGGCCCACGCUCGACGAGAGGAAGUCCUCCUCGUCCGGCUCGCGCUCCUCGCCGCGGCCCGCCGACAGGCCUGUGCUCUUCCUAUAACGGACCCAGUUGUGAUCCCGGGCGCGCCGGCUGGGAGCGUUUCUAUGAACACUGCAGAUGCGGUGGUAGCGUUGUGAACAUAUUUGUAUACAUGUCACCUAAUGUUAUAUGAGUAUAUCCGGGGAAGUUUAUCGGUACGAUACAGGUCGUGUAAAUAAAUUUUAAGAGAUAAUUAUUAGCGUUUGACUCGGACCUCGUGUCUCAAAGGUUGUGGUCCACGGGCCCCGGUGCAGUUGGUAAUGUCUUUGAUGAUCACACUCCGGGCUGUGCUUAGGAUGGGAAUGUACAAGUUUGUACAACCCUUGAUUUUUAAUUACCAGAUAAAUUUUGGGAGUGACGUGGAGGGGGAAGCUUAGUGACGACGUGUUGAUGUCCACGGGCGACAGUGAGAUAAUCUAAUAACUCUUUAAUACUUUUGAAAUCAAUCACAACGCGGCUAGUAGUAAACUGCAGAUAGCUCGCCCGCUUUGGCCCCAAAUGACGUCAUAUAUUAGGAAGUCGAGUCCAGGUGCGAUUGAUUAAGGUCUUAAACAAAUUCUCUAGUCUUAAUAUCAAUGAUUGGAUUGCUCGGUGCUUUUGUCCGGGAUGUAAAGAGUCAAGGUCGGUGUGCCGACGUUCCCCGAUGCGAUGUAAACAUUACGACAGUCUUCGAAGUUGAACUUCUGUUCGCGAUGAACUCGCUCGCGUGAUGGAACACAAACAUAACCAGAUGGUCACGUACAAUUAAUUGUAUACGCGUUGGAUAAAUACAUUGUGUGGAAGUUGAUCACUGAAAUAUUGAAAUAUUUGCGUUAAAUGACCACCAUUUUACUGAAAUUAUACUUCAUCCCAUAUCAUCUCAUCUCAUUUCGUUUCAUCAUAUAAUUUUUCAUAUAGAAGUUAUAAUUAAAAAUAAAAUAAGACUUGACCUAAAGGUCUUAGUUACCAGGUCAUAAAAUCCCUUAAAUUUUUUUUUACGAUAAGACUUCUUUAAACAAUUGCAUCUAUCCGUACUCAUUGUUCAUAAACAUAAUUCAGUUACACUCCAGAAGUGCAACUUCUCACGUGCGCUACGCAGUUUUUUUCUCUUGUUUAUGAUAAGACUUCUUUAAACAAUCUCAUCUGCUCGUCCUCAUGGUUCAUAAUCAUAAUUCAGUUACACUCCAGAAGUGCAACUUCUCACGUACGCACAUCGCAGAUAAGACUUCUCUAAGCAAUCGCAUCUGUCCAUACUCAUGGUUGGAUCUCUAGAAGAGUUCUGGAAUAUUCUUCCACUGUUUCCCUCGUCAGCCACGUUGGCUUCUGUAUAAUUAUGGCAAUUAAAAAUUUAUUUUCCAUUGGGACACCGAGUUGUCCUUGUAGUUUGAGCUAUUGAUUGACAUGUCAGAACGGUACUGACAUGCGACAAGUCUGAAUUGACGAUUUCGAACGUUAGUUACAAUUGGCAGCGAUGAUUAUUGUUAAUAUUUAAGAAUACGUGCCAUUUUAUUGUAUUAUUAUAUUUUUUAUCGGUUUGUUUAUAUUUUAUUUGUUGAAAAAUUCUUUGAGUUCGGACCGCGCCCAUUGCGUCUGUCCAUGGACGCAAGGCUUAGUCUUUUAAUAAGAGAUGAAUAAGGGCUUUUUUUAUUGCUUACAUGGGUGGACGAGCUCACAGCCCACCUGGUGUUAAGUGGUUACUGGAGCCCAUAGACAUCUACAACGUGCCACCCACCUUGAGAUAUAAGUUCUAAGGUCUCAGUAUAGUUACAACGGCUGCCCCACCCUUCAAACCGAAACGCAUUACUGCUUCACGGCAGAAAUAGGCAGGGCGGUGGUACCUACCCGCGCGGACUCACAAGAGGUCCUACCACCAGUAAAAAUCAGCUAAAAAAUCAACUAUCUUAUACAGUUCUGUUGGGGCGAUUGGUGAGCUCACCCGACCAGCUACCACCGUCCUGCCUGUUUCUACCACUAAGCAGUAAUACAUUGCGCGCUUGACAGCUCAGCUGUAACACAGAAUUGAGACGUAGACCUCAUUGUCUCAAGACAGAUGGCUCGUUUGCCGACAAAUAUUUAUUCAUUAGGGGUGACGCAUUUACGUUGGAGAUGUCUAUGGGCUCCAGUAACCACUUAACACCAGGUGGGCUGUGAGCUCGUCCCACCCACCUAAGCAAUAAAUAAAUAAAUUGUCCGUCUAUAAUUACUGCUGUAAAAAUCCUCUGUAAGAUUUUCCUAGUUUUUUUCUAUAAGUCGAUUAAAAUCAUUAUUAUUUGCAUCAAGAAUACAAUUACAAUUGUUUUAUAGAAUAUGGAAAAUUUUGUCUUACCAUUUCUGUGAGGGUAUUAAAACAAAUUUUUAUCGUUUUCAAUGCUCCCAAUAAAUUGAUUCAGAACAAUUCCUUCGGAGAAGCUUUACAAGCGUAAGCUCAGUUAAAGCUGGCUUACAAUGAGAGCGCGGCCUCAACUUUAUAUAUAUUUAUCUUUAUAUAAUAUUUCCUGACCCCUUGUGCGCCAUAUAUUGUACGUAUUAAAGAUUAAAUAAUUAAUUGUAGAUAAUUUAUUUUUUUUAAAUUUUAAUUUCAUUGUCGGUAUUAAUUAUUCGUGACUAUGAAUUCGGUCACAAACUUUUGAGCAUUAUCGAUUUUUAACGAUAUUUCGAUUAGUAGGGAUGUCCACGUAGUCGAUGACCUAAAGAGUUGAAGACCUAAAGAGUCGAGUAUUUUAUCGAUAUCUUUUUUUAUAGCGUUUAAUCGAGAAUCAGCAAGUGUUGGUACAUUUUAUUUAUCGUUUUUUGUAUUUUUUUUGGUAAAUGCCUAAAAAUGGCGUCAUAUAGACUUGCCGAUGACAUUUGUUAAUAGCAGUGUCGGCACACGAAGCGAGACCUACGUAAUAUUGUUUGUAAUUACAAUUUUAAUAUUUCCGAAGUUACGACAAUAGUUUUUUUUUUACUUUUUUUUAUGGCGGGUAGAAGUAAGGGGCACGAUCCAAUGAAAUGGAGUCAAUGAAGGUGGCGCCACAGUAGCAAGUGGAGAGAUUUUAGAAACACACUAAACUACCACACCUCGCUCUGCUUAAAACUGCUAUAUUCAUAUCGUUUCCACUUGCCACACUAGCGCUAGGUCGAUUUUUUUUUACCCUACCUAUGCCGAUAGCCUUGAGAGGAUAUUUCAGCUUCUUGAUGUAGGCGAGCUUACGGGACUCAAACCGGGAGUGUUGCUAACACGAACCCUAGCAAGAGCCGUGCUUCGCAGAAUCUAUCACCGGAUCGGAAACGCGACCCACUGAGAUGAUCCGGCGAGAAAAUCAGUGGACCGUGUCUAUGGGUCUAUGUCGAGGAGUCUCAACAACAGCUCGCUGUGUACAGACGGACAUUUUUCCAAAUUAUCCCCUAUACAAGAUGGCGCUCCUUACAUCUACCCUCAAUAUUUUUUUUUCGUUAAUUUUAAUGUGCCAACAUGUAAAGUAUUUUAUUUUAUUUUAUUUGAGGUCUAUCGGCGUUUGACUCGUGGUGAUUAAAAAUGUUCUCACAUCAAAGAAUUUUAUUAUUAAAAAGAAAACCCCAAGAUGUGGUUUAAUGGUUUUUAAUCAUUUACGCCUUAAGAAAGGAAACUUGUUCGAAGUUAAUCGAUAUAUAAAUAAAUAUUACUGUAUAUUGAAUGUAGCGUGUAAGAAGAAUGGUAACCCAUCUUUUAGUGGUCCGUAGCGACCGUCGCUUGACCUUUUAAGCUUAUAACGUAAUCUAUGAAUGUAAUUAUGUGUAUCGAUAAUGUUAAAUAAACAAAUUUCAAUUGUG